AUGGAAUAUUUCAAUUUGAAAUACAUCGCAUUACAGCAAGACCAUAGCAGGACCCGGUUGUCACAGCUCAACAACCAAGUGCUUCGACUAGCAAUGCUUGCUUGGAAACUAUUUGUAGCGGUUCUGCUGGCUGCCGCGAAUGCCUCUUCGAAUUGGCCAUACGUCGUUUACACGGUGCCUCCUAAGUCCCGAAGGCCAGCGCAAGGCUAAUGAUCCCUCGCUAACCGCGUUAGAAACCGAUCGCCCCAAUGAGCUCAAUCAUUGAUAGUAAAUUUUUUUGUUAGUG